AUGACAGCGAUAUUAUUUUCUAGCAACUUCAGGGGCACUAUUAAGCGCAGAACUCCUUGCCAGAUUGUGCAAGGAAGAUAUUUUUGUUGGAUCUCGUUGUUGGUGAGAUUUGCCGGGAGAAUGGAGGAUUUGAGAUCGGCAAUGGAGCAACACAUGGAUCUAAUGGCGGAUCUGGUUCAGAAGAUGUCCGGCGAGAUCAGAUCGGGUUUGCAACCUGCUUACGAGAGUUUCAUGGGUUUCUACCACGCAAUCGAUUGGAAGGAACCUUGGAUUAUGGGUUUGCUGGCGUUUCAUGCCCUGUUGCUACUCGUAGCUCUUCUCUCUAGAAAGCAUCUCAACUUCCACAUGUGCUUGUUCUUAUUGGCAUUGGCUGGAGUAUAUUUCGCCAAGACUCUCAACCGGUUCUUGGGCAAGAACUGGAAGAGCUUUGCAACUCAGAACUACUUCGACCCGCAUGGAGCUUUCCUGUCUGUUUUCUGGUCUGGCCCCCUUCUCGUCAUUGCAAUGAUCAUCUUGAUAAACACGCUCUUUUCACUUUGCCACCUUAUCGUGAAAUGGAAAAGAGCCGAGCUCAGGCACCGUGCAAGGCUAGCUCGUAGCAAGCAAGAGUAGAUCUGCCACGAUCGUUGUCCUGCUAAGGACCGUAUGAUGAUGGAGUGGGGACUACAGAGAGACCCACAUUGUUUGUUCUGCAGCAAUGCUACUGAAUCCAAAAAUCACAUAUUCUUUGAAUGCCAAGCUACGCAGGAUAUCUUCCGCAAAUCCCUGCGACGUCUCGGAGUCCAGGUUCCUUCUUUUCGACGGUUUCAUAUCACAAGCUGGUUAUUGGGUACUUGGGAGAGUCCACAGAUGAGAUGGACAACCGUCAUUGUAUGGAAACUAACUAUCUACACACUGUGGAAGGAAAGGGAUUCUAGAAUUCACGCAAAUUUAUCUAUCUGAGUCUGCAAGUACUAAUGAGGUCGAUACAAGACUUAGAGCAAAAAUGGCGGCUCUUCAUGCUACUUGCCCAAGACUGGCCUCCUCUUCAUUGUGGCAACGGUUCUCAAACAUGCACUAUAACUCUUUGCCCCUUAGCUGAUAUAGCCAUUGGCAAAACACUGCGUACAUAAACCUUUUUAAAUUGUCAAAUACAACAGCAACAACAAUCUUUAACAAAAAAUAAAUUAUAAAAACUAUUCUUGUA